CUUCACCCCGCUCCCUCCUCCCUGACCGUUGGCUACCUGACAGCAGGCAGUGCCGUAUGAUACCGGGCAGGUUCUCUCCUCCUCCCGCUGCGUGAUGAGGCUCCGUUUGGCCGGAGCCGUGCUGCUGGCGGCGGCCGCCUAUUACGUGUACCUGCCGCUACCUAGCGGCGUGAGCGAGCCGUGGAAGCUGAUGCUGCUGGACGCCCUGUUCCGGAGCUUCAUGCAGGCGAGUGAUGCAGCCCACACCCUGGGUGUGUGCCACCGUGUUCACCUGCUGAACCGGGUGGUGUCCUGGGUGGAGGUGAUAGAGGCUCGCUCCUGCUCCGCUGUGAACGUGACUGACUCCACACUGGGAGGCGUCCCCACCCGGGUGUUUCAGCCGAAAGGGGAAAAGAAGCUGAGAAGAGGCGUGAUCUAUUUCCAUGGAGGAGGCUGGGCGCUGGGCAGUGCAAAGAUGCGCUCCUAUGACCUUCUUUGUCGGAAAAUGGCAGAAGAUCUGGACGCCGUCAUCAUGUCUGUAGAUUACCGCCUUGCUCCAGAGGCCGUGUUCCCGGUUCAGUACCAUGAUGCUUUGGCAGCAUCGCGGGUCUUCCUGUCUGAUGAGCUUUUGCAGCAGUACGGCAUCGAUCCGGAGAGAGUUUGUGUGUCUGGAGACAGCGCUGGAGGAAACCUGGCUGCUGCUGUGGCUCAGGAGCUAAGUGCAGAUAAAUCUCUGAAAGUGAAAUUCAAAGCACAGGCAUUGAUCUACCCAGUGCUCCAAGCUCUUGACUUCCACACCUCAUCAUACCAGCAGAACCAGGCCGUACCUAUCCUCUACAGGCCUUAUAUGGCUCGGUUUUGGCUGCAGUACCUGGGUGCUGACUCCUCCCUGGAACCACUCCUGCUGGCCAAUAAUCACAGCUCUCUGGACCAGCCGGCCAUCAGCGCCACAACUCGCUCCAAGCUGAACUGGACCGCUUUGGUGCCGGCCGAGCGCAAGAAGAGCUUCAAACCAGUCGUUAAAGAGAGGGGCUCGCCAGGCGUGAUGAGUGAGGUGCCGGGGCUGAUGGACGUGCGGGCGGCGCCACUGUUGGCAGAGCAGGAGGUUCUGGGUAAAACCCCCAAAGCGUAUGUGAUGACUUGCGAGUUUGAUGUUCUGAGGGAUGACGGCCUGAUGUACGGCAAACGCCUACGGGACGCUGGCGUCGAGGUGACUAGUGACCACUACGAGGACGGUUUCCAUGGCUGCAUGGUGUUUGCUAACCUGCCAAUGAUGUCAAGCGUUGGACAGAGAAGCAUGAUGAACUAUAUCCACUGGCUGGACCAGAACCUAUAAGCAAAGCAGCUGCUUCACAAAAAGCUCUUUGUUGAGCUUUUAUAGAUGGGUAUAAAAAAACAAACCCAUGACCCAUAAAAGGAGCAGAACAGCUUUAAAAAGAAAUGUGAUAAUUUGAUGAAUAGCUUUAAAAGAUUUUAAAGUUUUAUAGGAGAUGAGAGGAAAGACCAAAAGAACAUAUUCAUAAAAACAAGCAAUAUUCCAUGGCAGCCUUUUUGAGGUAGACAAUAUAUUUAUGGCUUAUUUAUUUAUUCUGAAAUUUCUAAGAAACCUUUUAAAUGAAGACCUAAUUUACACUGGAUUAAAAAGACAAUUCACAUAAAUGUAGAAAAAAAAAAAGUCAACCACUGGAACAAAAGUAAAUUAUAAAGCAGUGUUCUUUUUUCCCUUCUUUAGCUUUAAUUUUAUACAUUCUAAAUGUAUGUUUUUGAGCAUCUUCCAUUAUUUAAUGAUUGGUUAUUCCAUUUAUGAGCAUAUUUCAUAAUUUAUUUGUGUAUUUAUUUGAAUGGCUCAUGUUUAUGUCAUAUUACAUUUUUGAUUAGACCAAACCAGGUGCUGUUUAGGCAACAAAGUUAUUCCGUAAAAGUUCAAAAAAACAACAAAGUUGUUGUUUCUCUGACCCUAAGAAACAAUAAUUGCAAUUUUGAUUAUGAGAUGUACUCACAAAGUAACUCUGAAUAAUUAUUUCAAACGAAAAAUAAUAUAUUUAUUGCACAUUCAAUUUAAAUACAGUAAAUAUGGCGUGAAAAUGCCAUAUAUGGCCUUAGCCGCUGAAAUCAACUGACCUUGAAGUAUAAAGUAAAAUGCCUCUUUCCAAGUAGGAGCAAAACUUUGCUUAAUUAUUUAGGGCAAGUAGUAAAUAAAGAGUUUAUGGAUUACAUAAACGUUAAUGAAAAUCUAAACAAAAAUCAAUGACUUCCUUUCAUUUCAUGCAAACAAUUUGGUGUGAUUUAUGUAGGCUGAAAAGCCUUUUUUACUGCUAGCCUUCAUGAUAAUCGUUAUUCUUAUUAGCUUACAGUGAAAUAAACCAUAAAUAAAUCUAGCUAAUAUAUUUAGUUGGCUAAACAUAGCCGAGCUAGUGGCUCAACUCGAAGCGGUAACGGAUUAGACCAAUCACGGCUGGGAAUAACGGUUCCAUAUAUAUGCUCAUGGUUUCUCAAACCAAAAACUGCUCAAACUUUAAAUUAGUUAAGCUAAGAAUUUUUCCAGUUUAUUGCUACUAGCACUGAUAGCUACUCAGUGGAUGAAAAGCUUAUAGUGGUAAACUAACUAAGCUAAUGACUACUUAAAUUAAAAGCUAGUUAUAAUUCUAGUUAUAUAAGUUGGCAGCAAUUUAGGCUCAAAGCAACUCAAAUAACUGUUGUGGUUAAUUAAAGUCGUAGGGAAGUCUUAUUUAAAUGUCAAAUCAUUCUGGCUUAAACAUGUAUAUAAAUGUAUUUUUUAUCAGACAGAUCAGAAAAUUUAUCAGAAAAUUAAUAGUUGUCGUAAAAUCUUUUUUUUUUCUUCAUUAUCUUAUGCAGGCCAGUUAGUUAUACGUCAGCUUAAACACCUAAAUUCGGCCAAU